AUGGGAUCUCAUGAAAUAACGUCGCCUGUUAUGCUGACUGGAUUUCUCUAUCUGCCAUUCACAGUUUUAAUCAUAGUCGUCUUCACGCUACCGAAUUUGAUAUUAUGCAGUGAUGAACACUUGGUCUUUACAGGAGCCUGCAAUAAGGAGCCACCGAAUUUCUGCGAUCGAAUUGUGAAGAACUCGGUCUGCAACAGAGCCAAGAAUGAAUGCUUUUGUCGGAAAGGAUUCGUCGCUGUCAAGGAAGGUGAUAGUGUUGCCUGUAAAACAUUACUCACCGAUCUGAAAUGUCGAGUGGAUGCAGAUUGUGUUCACGUGAAUCGCAGCAGCUGUCAUCCAGGAGCUGGAUAUUGCACUUGUCCCGGAAACACCAUCUUUGUUCCACAGAUCAAUGCUUGUCGAACCAAGCUCUUCGAUCGCAAGAGUUUGAUAUGCGCCUCGUGUCUACAGGAGGGCGGAGAUUGUUUCGCAUUUGAACACGGCGAUCAUAUACACGAGGAGGGAUCGACACAAUUCGAACGAUAUGGCUGUGUAUGCCCAAACCUUCGCACAAAUACGCAGUUUCGUGAUCCAUCCAGACCACAGCGGACCUGCGGAGCUCAAUUAGCUGAUAUUGGUGACCUAUGCAAUGAGGAGGAUUUACGAUGUCGGUCGCCUAUAGCAACUUGUAGAAUUAUUGAGGAAGCGCAAUGGGGUGCCAUGACCUAUGGAACGUGUACAUGUCCCCCGGAUUAUAUUCCUGUAUUUCAGAAGCUUUUGCGAUUCUAUGAGUGCUGUGAGGAGGCAUUUUUGAAUGGGAUUAACUUUACCUUAUUCCUUGACACUCCUUUCUAA